UCCCUCAUCACUUCUUUCAAACACAGGAAGUGUCUGGUGUCACACACAGAAAACAGUCGAUAAUGUGACAGUAUGGGGUCCAGUGCAUUGCUUCUCAUCUUGCUGAUGUCCUUCAUCCACUCUGGGCUCAAUCAACAUGCUGGAGAUACUGUGCAGUACUACAUGAAACCUGUAGUGAAGGUGAAGCCAGACCAGCGUGUGUUCAGAGGAGAGAUGGUCACUCUCACAUGUGACAUACAGGGAGGAGGAAACAUUCAGUGGACAUACAGAUGGUUUAAAGAUGGAAACUAUUUCUAUACAACAACAACAGCAGCAGCAGAGUUCAGUUUCACAGCUGUGUCUUACAGUGGUGAAUACAGCUGUAGAGGAGUGAGAUCAGACUCACAGACAGACAUCAGUGCUGCUGUUACACUGACUGUAUCAGAUUUACCCACACCUACACUGACUGUGACACCUGACAGAUCUGUAUUCACUGGAGAGAGAGUCAAUCUGAAGUGUGUGAUAAACUCUGAUCACACUGACUGGAGAUAUGAGUGGAAUAAAGACAGUUCAAUGUUACAGGCAUCUGAGCGUUACACUGUAAACAGAGACACUCUCAGUAUUGUUGAAGCUGUUGAGUCUGAUCAGGGUUGGUACACGUGUAAAGGACACAUAGAUGGAAGAUCAGUUUCAUCACAAUCAAGCUCUGUUUAUCUCUCUGUGAAGGAUUUUCCCACAUCUACACUGACUGUGACACCAGACAGAUCUGUAUUCACUGGAGAGAGAGUCAAUCUGAAGUGUGUGAUAGAGACUUACAGUAACUGGAUCUGGAGAAAUUACCAGAUAUAUGACAGGAGAGACUGGACACAUGAGUGGAGAUAUGAGUGGUAUAAAGGCAGCAAAGACAGUGUGUUACAGACGUCUGUGCAUUACACUGUAAACAGAGACACUCUCAGUAUUGUUGGCGCUGUUACAUCUGAUCAGGAUCAGUACUGGUGUAGAGGACUGAGAGAUGGAAGACCAAACUCAUCACAAUCAAGCUCAGUUUCUCUCUCUGUGAAGGAUUUACCCACACCUACACUGACUGUGACUCCAGACAGAUCUGUAUUCACUGGAGAGAGAGUCAAUCUGAAGUGUGUGAUAAACUCUGAUCACAGUGACUGGAGAUAUGAGUGGAAUAAAGACAGUUCAAUGUUACAGGCAUCUGAGCGUUACACUGUAAACAGAGACACUCUCAGUAUUGUUGAAGCUGUAGUGUCUGAUCAGGGUCAGUACACGUGUAAAGGACACAUAGAUGAAAGAUCAGUUUCAUCACAAUCAAGCUCUGUUUCUCUCUCUGUGAAGGAUCUAAACCCAAAGCCUGAACUCACAUCAGAUCCUGCAGGAGCUGCACUGACAGGAAACACAGUGACUUUGACCUGUCGCAUGGAUCCGUCCACUGGAUACUGGGACUUUUACUGGUACAAACACACACUGAACCCUGAGACAGAGAAGACAGAAACAAACUCCUACAGACUGAAGAUUGAUUCAGUGUCUGAUGGAGGCCAUUACUGGUGUAGAGCUGGAAGAGGGAAACCAGUCUAUUACACAAACUACAGUGAUGCACUGUGGGUCAAUGUUACAGAGAGUCCUAAAGCUGUGCUGACGGUACGAACUGAUGAACGAGUGUUCAGAGGAGAAACAGUCACUCUCAGAUGUGAUAUAAAGUGUGGAGGAAAAACUGAGUGGACAUACAGAUGGGAAAUAGAGGGAACCAACAACUUGAAUAUAAACUCUGCCAACCGAUGUACAAAACAAGAGUGCUGCACCAGUGGAGUCAAUAAACAGAAACACAGAGAUGCUGUCAGUCUGUGCUCAACACAAGAGUUGAACAUCAGCAGUGUUGAUCACUUUCACAGUGGUAAAUACACCUGUACAGGACAGAUAAACACUCAGAUCUCUCAGCGCAGUGAUGCUGUUACACUGACUUUAUCAGAUGAAGCUCAGGCAGCAGUGCGAGUGUCUCCACAGCCGUGGCUGACUGAAGGAGAAUCAGUGACUCUGAUCUGUGAGGUUUCAGGCUCCUCUACAGGCUGGACGUUCAGCUGGUUCAGAGAUCAUGAUCUUCUGUCAGACAGCAGCAGAGGAGCUGGAGGAUCUUACACUCUCAGUCCUGGUCUACAGCACACAGGAGUUUAUACGUGCAGAGCAGAGAGAGGACGACCAGCCUAUUACACACCACACAGCAGCACACAGCCACUGUGGGUCACUGAUGUUUCUUCUUCAGUGUCUCUGGUCAUCAAUCCCAGCAGAAGUCAACACUUCUCAUCUGACUCUCUCUCUCUGAGCUGUGAGGAUCAGAGUAACUCUGCUGGAUGGACAGUGAGAAGAUACACAGACAAAGACACAAAAACUUGUUCAACACAAACAGGAUCUGCAUGUGAAAUCGAGUCUCUCAGCACAUUUGACACUGGAGUGUACUGGUGUCAGUCUGAAUCUGGAGAGAAACGUCAUCCUCGAAACAUCACUGUACAUGAUGGUGAAGUGAUUCUGGUGAGUUCUGUUGAUCCUGUGAUUGAGGGAGAGACUCUGACUCUACACUGUUUACAUCGAUUAAACUCCUCGAUCCUCAGCGCUGAUUUCUAUAAAGACGGAUCACUGGUCCAGAAUCAGACAACAGGAGAGAUGAGCAUCACUACUGUCUCAAAGUCACAUGAGGGUUUCUACUAUUGUAAAACAGAGAGAGGACAGUCACUCCACAGCUGGAUCUCAGUCAGAGCUCCUCAAUCAUCUUAUCUUCUGGUCAUUGGUGUGUCCGUAGGAUUGAGUUUUUUCUUGUUGUUCCUCGUCUCACUGGUUCUCCUGUGGAGACACAAAAACAACAAAGAUCAGCACCGUAACACUCAACAGAUAUCAGACUCAAAUCGAUCUGGAGAAUCUCAUGUGGAAAACUCUCCUCUGCAGCCUGGUUCUGAUCACAUUUAUGAUGACGUGACUGCAGUGAAUAGUGGAGAUAAAGAUCCAGUGCCAUCUUCAAACAUUACAUAUUCAGUGGUCACUGUUAUGAAAAAAAGAUCCGUGGAUAAAGACAAUACUACGGCAGAGUCAAAUAAUGUGAUGUACUCAGAAGUCGGAACAAAAGUAAAGAAGUUCAAAAGCAAAGGUGAGAUCCUGUUUUUCUUGAAGUACAAUAUUUCCAGCAUGUUCUGCAUAAUCUGAUUGAUUUUCUGUUCUGUAUUAGAUAUUAUACUGCAGGACCUAGUGAUUUGACUUAUGCACAGAUCAAUGUACAGGACAAAAAGAAAAGCAAGGGCAAAGGCGCUGGACUUGCUGAUGUUUUGAUUGAAAUGAAAUCUAAGGAGAAACAAAGAGGGAAGAGCAGCGAGUCUGGAGACUCUUUUUACUCUGAAUUGAAGCACAACACAGAUAAAGGUGCUGAUCCUGAAGUCGGUGAUGCAACUUAUGCUCAAGUUUUUAAGAAGAAAGUUCACAAAAAGAAUAAAACACGUCCCUGAGAUCAUUGAAGGGAACAGAUGCCAGAAGAGAAACACCAGCAGAAGAAAUUAAUCUGAGUCAAAUGCUUAUGUACAUGCUAGAAUGAAAGAGAUUUGCACUAUAUUAUCUGUACACAUAUUGUGUAAACAAUUAAAUCUAAUAUAUAGUAAAACAUUUUCUAGUGAGCAUUUAUGUUUAACAUGUUACCUGUCUUAUCAGAGCCUGUGUUUUUUCCAAGACAAGAUGAUUUUUCUUACAGCAUAUAUAUUGUUUUCUUUCUUUUAUGUUUUUUUUUUUUUUUUUUAUGC